AUGCUUAGGAGUAUUAGCGAACCCGCGCAAGUCUAUUCUGCGGAGAAGAAGUGGACAGUGCACGAUGUAAUGGGCGUGCUGGUUACGACGCAGCCGUACCCGAUGACUCUGGUGCCGUCGCCGGAUCGGCUUCGAGAUGCGGCCGAGAGGAUACUACCUAGGGGUUCGAUGGGGCGUCAACUUUUUCAAGAUGAGUUCUCACUUUUCGUUCGGUUACUCCUGCAGCUGAGAGUGUGGGAUGUCGAAGGCUCAUGUUUGCCUUCGGGGAUGUUCAAUGACGAAUCGUCAUCGGCUUGCCAGAAACUGGCAGACAGUAUUGCGGAUGCGAUCUGCAAUGAAGACCAGACGAUCGAUGCUGGAAUCGUGGCAGAUAUUCUACCGGGUCUUCGCGAGCGAUUCUACAACCUCUGGGGAGUUAUAUUCCAGCCACGUAGUCUACGGGAGACAAUCGUACCACCAGAGGGAUGUUUACCGAACCGUAUCAUGACCGUAAUUUCUCUAUUGCUUCCAUUCGCCAUGGACGCCUCCGGGCCAAGUGAUUCUUGCCUAGAAUUGCUGCCUCGGACGGAAGACGUGGGAAUGGACCUUCUGCUUGAACAAAUUCGAGGUGAUGACUAUCCACAUAUUCUGUUGCUUACCGAUGAGAUGUGUACAGCUGUGGUAGGGGCAUAUAUCCCUAGUCCUUCCAGUCAUGAGGCGGCUAGCGGUCAUUUUCUGUUCCAACUGUGUCCGAGGUUCUGCCUGCUCCGAUCGACCGGGCUCAAAUCGCUGGAAGAGCUGUUCCAUUCUGAGACUAAUGUAUCCUCGCUCAGCACCGUCACAACGGAUCAGAGACCGUCACUUCCCUGUACGAUAGGUCAUGAAGGAAGGGCUCGUCUACGCAUUGAUCCGCAAGGUCUGACAGUCACGAUGGUUGUAAAUCUGACUGAAUCAAGUGAAGAGAAACCCAUCUAUACAGAUAUGUGCAGGGACCAGGACCGAGAAUGGAAGCUUACAGUCCACCCUGCGCAACUGCAUAUACUCCGCAUUAACCCCAGCGCCACCUGGAGCAGGAAUGGAAGCAAGGUGGAAGUCAGUGGAGAGGAAUUGCAGAACAGAAUCCACGGGUUUGGGUCUAGUAACAGCGAAACACCAUGUACUAACGUGCUGGAACGGUGGAAUAUUCGGCGUCAAUUCUAUGGCGGGACUUGCCCGUAG